AUGGUGAAGAACACGUGCAUGCGCUGGCGGUUGCCGCUCGUCUGCCUCCUCUGGGAGGUUGCUAUGAUCGUCCUCUUUGGGGUCUUUGUGCGCUUUGACCCCGAAGCUGAUGCGCACUGGAAGGAGGAGCAGCACAAGAAGAACCUCACCAGUGACAUAGAGAACGAUUUCUACUUCAGGUAUCCAUCUUUCCAGGAUGUCCACGUGAUGAUCUUCGUGGGUUUUGGCUUCCUGAUGACAUUCCUCCAGCGCUAUGGCUUUGGAGCUGUUGGCUUCAACUUCCUCCUUGCCGCCUUUGGGAUCCAGUGGGCUCUCCUGAUGCAGGGCUGGUUCCAUUCUUUCGAGAACGGAAAGAUACUCCUUGGAGUGGAAAACCUGAUCAAUGCAGAUUUCUGUGUGGGUUCUGUCUGCAUCGCCUUUGGGGCCAUCCUGGGCAAAACCAGCCCCGUGCAGCUGCUCAUCCUGACGUUGUUUCAAGUCACGCUCUUUGCUGUGAACGAGUACAUCCUCGUCAGCCUGCUCCACGUUAAAGAUGCUGGUGGAUCGAUGACCAUUCAUACGUUUGGAGCCUAUUUUGGCCUGACAGUGACCAGAAUUCUGUACCGGCCCAACCUGGAACAGAGUAAAGACAAGCAAGGCUCUGUGUACCACUCCGACCUCUUUGCUAUGAUCGGUACCCUGUACCUAUGGAUGUACUGGCCCAGCUUUAACUCAGCUGUUUCAAAUCACGGGGAUGCACAGCACCGAGCCGCCAUUAACACCUACUGCUCACUGGCCUCCUGUGUCCUCACUACCGUGGCCUUCUCCAGCCUGCUGCAGAAGAAAGGCAAGCUCGACAUGGUUCAUAUCCAGAAUGCAACGCUGGCCGGUGGCGUGGCUGUGGGGACCAGCGCAGAGAUGAUGCUGACUCCAUACGGAUCCCUCAUCGUUGGAUUCCUCUGUGGCAUUGUGUCCACCGUUGGGUUCGUCUACCUCAUGCCAUUCCUGGAGUCCAAGCUGCACAUCCAGGACACCUGCGGCAUCCACAACCUACAUGCCAUGCCAGGGCUUAUUGGGGGCAUCGUGGGGGCUGUCACUGCAGCCGCAGCCACUGAAGAGGUGUAUGGAAAGGAAGGGCUUAUCAGUGCCUUUGACUUCAGGGGUGACUACAAGGAUCGGACACCCAAUGUCCAAGGGGGGUUCCAGGCGGCUGGCAUUUUCGUCUCCCUGGCCAUGGCCUUGGCUGGAGGGGCCAUUGUGGGUGCUAUUUUGAAAAUCCCAUUCUUGGGGGACCCCGCAGAUGAGAACUGCUUUGAGGAUGAUGUCUACUGGGAGGUGCCUGAGGAUGAGGAGAGCGGCCUGUACCACAUGCAUGACCCCACCCUCAAACCUGUGACUUCUUAACCCAGCUGGGUAGGCAGGGCUGAGAUGCAUGGGGAGGGCAGGCCUUGAGGAGCCCAAGAGCUGGGUGGGCAGAGGGCGCCCCUAGAGCACUAGCCCCCAGCACCUGGAAGCACUGCAUGGGCAGGGACUAGAGGAUCCCAGUUGCUGUCGUGGCAACACACAAGCACAGGGCACUGGCCAGUGCCACGCACACAUGGUCUCAUCCAUCAGGGAUCCACACCAGCAUGUUUGCCUCGUGGCAGAAAUGCUGGGCACCGAGACCUCUUUGGUGUGGAAAUGGCAGGAGGGGGGUUGGGGAGUGGGUGUAUAUGGGUGUGUGGUGUGACUGUACUAACUGCCUGUUGUUGGUAUCACAGUAAAGGGCAGGAUUUCAUCAGGAGAAGGGUAAGGAGAGGUGCUAAACAGCACAGCUCCUGUGUCUCAUGCCAGGCCCAGCGUGCUGAAACCUUACCCCAAAGGUGACUGCUCAGUCACUAGCCCAGUCGGAGGGGAGGGGUGCAGGUGCUGGGCAACUGCAAGGAGAAUGUGCCAGGUGGCCGGUGGGAGGGAGGGAUACUCUCCAUCAUCCUACUGUUAAGAGGUCACAGACAGACCCCUGACCUGCC